GUACAGAAUAGUACAGUCACAUAGUGCAGAGAGUCUAAAUCGCACCUCUUGAUAUCCGACAAGCACAUUUAUUGAUUUCAUUUAGGAAAACAAAGGAACCGCAAUUAGAGAAAUCGUACGCAGUCAGGGUACUCGCCCUGUGCGUCAGGUGACAGAGAUAAUUGUACCCGGAAGACGUCAACCAUGAUUAAAUGCAGCAUUUGCCUGGACACCAUUCCCCAGGGUGCUCUGGCAACCAUUCCAUGUGGACAUGUGUUUCAUGCAGAGUGCCUUAGUGAAGGUUUAGAAAAGAACCAAAAGUGUCCCAUCUGCCGUAGGACUACCACACCCAGUGAAAUAAUCAAACUGUAUCUCAGUGGUGGUGAAGAAAAUGAGGCCGAUGACUCCCAACAGCCGGACCCGGACAAUGGGGAACUAAAGGUUGAAAAAAGCACUGCCCCGGAUGUCACUCCGUGCACCCAGCGGGUCUCUUUGAAUCAAGCAAUAUGGCUAGGCGGUACAGCGGUCGACCCUCAGCAGCAGUUCCCAGUGACAUUGGGUCAGGCCCUGUGGUUGUAUUCCACCUCACACCCACAGAGCACGGUCGUGCUGGAUGAAUGA